AAAAUGUAGCUGCAUCUAGCUAAAGCGCUUAGUUAGUUUAACUUUAAGUGCGACGAUGACAGUUGCGGUUUCGAUCGGCUUAUUGGUGUUCCAGUGGUUGGGCCAGGGCGAAGGGUUAAUUCCCAGUGAACCUUACCCGGCUGGCUGGCCACUCCGUCAAUAUCCCACGAUGCUUCAUAGGGCUAUUGUGGACGGGGUGACCAAUAAUGAUCUGCCUGAAGGUCUGAUGAUCGCCCAUGACCCUGUGCGCUUAGCCUUUGGUGCUCUACUGGCCAGUUCCAAUGGCCCCACGGCGGAUGAGGUACGGGAAGCCAUGACUAUGCCCUCCCAAUCUACGGAUCCCAAUCAAUUAGCCUAUACAGAUCCCCGGAAUCUGAAACCAGUCUCGGAUAAGUUCAACGAGUUCAGUUACAUAGGCGUCUAUAUACCACCUCAACUGAAGAUAAGGCCGGAAUAUGAGGAGAAGAUUCGCGACAUGGACGUGGAUCUGGUGCCCUCUUUUGACAAUGGCACGAUGGAAAGACUCUCGGAUAAGUUAACGGCUAUCAGUAAGAAGCUGACGGACUCCCCUUCUUCGGAUGAUAUACCCUUUAGGCUGCGUCUGCAGCCUGAGGUCUUCAUUGUGACAGCAGCUUCCUUUAAGGCCGUGUGGGCGGAUGCAGAUUUCCACAUCGAGAACCGGCGGAUGAGGGAGUUCAAUGUGGACGAGCGACGACGAACCUAUGUGGACACACUCUACAGCCUGGCAAAGAGGCGCCAGGUGGCCCAUCUUCAUGGUCUGAGGGCCACCAUGCUGCUGCUCCCACUGAAGGAUAGUCGGGUCCAGUUCAUGGUCCUCCUGCCGGAUCUUAUCAACGGAUUACGACAGCUCGAAAAGGAACUGGAAUUCGUGGAUCUGCGGGGCUUGCUCGGCGUGAAGAUGGAUACCAACCGGUACGAUAUUCGUCUGCCUGUGAUGAAGAUCGUCACCAAUCUGGAGCUGGCCGACAAUCUGGGCUUACUCGGCAUUCGCCAGGCUUUCAACCCCAAAAAUGCCGAUCUCAGCCGUAUAACAGGGCAAAAAGAGCGACUUUGGGUGCGCCGAUUCCCACAUUUGACCUACUUCACACUGAACGAGCACGGCAUUAAUGUUCGGAGAAAUAAAAGUAUGGCAAAAAGCCGAGUGAUACAUAAUGGUGAGACACGGAACCACUUCUACGCUUCACAUCCAUUCUUUUUCGCUCUGCUGGACGAGCAUAAGAUCUAUGCUACGGGUCGAUAUGGCCAACUAGCGGUUGAUCCAGAUGAUAUGUAAAUAUAAUAUGGUCCUGAUGCCAUUACCCUUACCAUA